UUAUUAUUGUUAUUGCUAUAUUUUGUAAUUAUAAAAGAUUUAUUUUUUACAUGGCCAUACUUUAUGUCAAUGCAGGUAUUUCAUAAGAAAUAGGAGACAUGCCACAGAGGGAGAGGCAUUAUUUAAUUCCAAUAAAGAUGAUAAAUUCUGUAUUUCAUCAGUUGCAGUUACUGCACUUCACCACUGUGGAGCAGUACCAUCUCUGAAAUGUAACCCUCCUUAUUGAAAUGUGGUUUUAUUGUAUCCCUUGGGUUUUGUUACUAAAAUCCACUUUUUUCCAACAAUCGUUUCACUAUUUUCUUUUGAUAUCAUUAUUAUAAUUAUUAUUAUUAUCGUUAUAAAUAAACAUAAAUCUCGAUUUUUACCUUAACUUUGGAACGUUGGAUGAUUUAUUUUGGUAGAGACGAUUGACCGGAAGUGAAUCUCUUUCUUUGUUCCGGCUGAUUUGACUCGACUUGACUCUUGUUUCUCCUCUGUUCGGUUGUUGUAAGUGGAGUCUACAGUCGCAGCGGUUCACAUUGUGGGCUUUACCUGUCAGCAGACACAGCGGCGUUUACAGCCACAUUUCGUGGAUUAUUUCUCGUUUUCCUCCAGAAAACUCGUUAUAGGUUAUCUUAACGGCGCAGUCAUGGCUACGACCGGGGCGACGUAGAGAGGAGAGGGGGGUUUAAAUUUCUCUUCUCGUCCCGUCUGUUGACUUGAAGGCAACGGUGCAGCAGAGCAGAACCGAGCGACCUGAGUUUCUCUGUGUGUUUGGCUGAUAUUUUAAAAGUUGUUAUUCGCAUUUUUCCCAGCAGCGGUAUAAACAUUUCUGCCGGGUUAGUUUUUUUGUUUUUCGGUUUACUCUUUGGAGCUUUAGAGUUUUGCCCAGGAGAGCUGGCGAACUGAGAGCGGCUCACUGAGUCGGGACUGACCGCUGGAGUUGGUCCUGAAAAUGGAGGCUGUGAUCGAGAAGGAAUGCAGCGCGCUCGGAGGACUCUUCCAAACUGUGAUCGCAGACAUGAAAAGCAGCUACCCUAUUUGGGAGGACUUUAUCACCAAGGCUGGCAAACUGCAGUCGCAGCUCAGAGCGACAGCGGUUGCUGUGGCUGCCUUCCUGGACGCCUUUCAGAAAGUGGCCGACCUUGCUACCAACUCAAGAGGAGGAACCAGAGACAUUGGAUCAGCUUUGACCAGGAUGUGUAUGAGGCAUCGCAGCAUAGAGGCUAAACUCAAACAGUUUUCCAUAGGUUUCCUGGAGUGUCUGAUCAACCCUCUACAAGAACAGAUGGAGGAUUGGAAAAGAGGAGUUAGUACUUUGGACAAGGACCAUGCUAAAGAGUAUAAAAGAGCUCGGCAGGAAAUCAAGAAGAAAUCCUCAGACACACUGAAACUUCAGAAGAAGGCAAAGAAAGCUGAUAAUCUAGGUCGAGGUGAUUUCCAGCCCCAGUUGGACAGUGCCAUGCAGGAUGUCAGCGAUAAAUACAUCCUCCUGGAAGAGGCUGAGAAACAGGCCCUGAGGAAGGCUCUUAUAGAGGAGAGACAGAGAUUCUGCUGUUUUGUAGCUAUGCUGCGGCCUGUAGUGGAUGAGGAGAUUUCAAUGCUGGGAGAGGUCACCCAUCUCCAGGCUAUCUCUGAUGACCUCAAAUCCCUGACCUCUGACCCGCACAAGCUGCCCCCUGCUAGUGAACAGGUGAUCUUGGACCUGAAGGGCUCAGAUUACGGCUGGUCCUAUCAAACGCCACCUUCAUCUCCCAGCACCACUAUGUCCAGAAAGUCGAGCAUGUGCAGUAGUCUGAACAGCGUUAACAGUAGUGACUCCAGGGGAUCCAGUGGCUCCCACUCUCAUUCUCCUUCCUCCUCUUCUUCCUCCUCUUCCUCAAACCACCUUUUCCACCACCAUCACCCCCGCCAUCGGUACCGUAGCUCCACGCUACCACAGCCGGCACCAGGUCGGCUCUCAAGCAUCUCCUCCCACGACUCGGGAUUCAUUUCUUCAUCGCAAGACCAGUACUUGACGUCGAAGUCAUACUCGCCUAUGCCAGCUGAAACAAAGCCUUGUCCCAGUUCCAGCUCCUCUGAGGUAUCAGAGACUGGGCAGCUUCACAGUGACUGCAGCGCCCCCUCUUCUCUGGCAGCUGCCACUGCGCCUCAGCACACUGACGAGCUAUCCAAUGGUUUUGACCACUACAGUCCAGCCAGUUCCCCCUACCUGCAAAGCAAUGGGGGGAGUUUGGGUUCAGUGUCAGCCACUGCCUUCCCCUUCUUCCCUCCGUCCUCCUCAUCCUCCACCUCCUCCUCCUGUCCCACUCGUUCAUGGUCACGUCCCGCCUCAGCCUUGCUUCCAGACUACUCUAACUACUGCACACUGGGCUCCCCAUUGAUGCCUUCAUCUCAAGUGCCAAGCUGGAAGGACUGGGCGAAGCCAGGGCCUUAUGACCAACCCAUGGUCAACACACUAAGAAGAAAGAAAGACAAAGAGACUCCUGCAGUAAUAUGCAGUGAUGGUAAUAUGAACAGUGACAGUAACCAAACCUCUGGCCCGUCCUCAGUUUCUAGCUCGGCACUAGCUCGGGCGGCGCUACAAACGCCAACCUCAGUGGAAGACAAGAGGAGGACCGUGGCUGCGCCAAUCAAGGCUGGUGAUAUUGCGGCUCAUGAGGAACUGACUCUGGCCUUGCCCAGAGGUCUGGAAUUGGACACCCAGAGGUCCAGUAGAGACUCUAUCCAGUGCUCAAGUGGCUACAGUACUCAGACCAACACACCCUGCUGCUCUGAAGACACCAUACCUUCACAGGUAUCAGAUUAUGAUUAUUUCUCGAUGGCUGGAGAUCAGGAGCCCGAUCCGCAGCAGCAGCAGCCUGACUUUGACAAGUCCUCUACCAUACCCAGAAACAGCGACAUCAGUCAGUCUUACCGACGCAUGUUCCAGACCAAACGCCCAGCCUCCACAGCUGGACUCCCCAGCCCUCCGGCUCCUUAUUCUGGACAGGGGGUCUAUUCUGGACAUGGGGUUUAUCCUGGGGGGCCUUAUCCCCCAACACCUAUCCACACAGGAACUUAUCCAUCAACCCCUUCCGGGUCUUAUCCUACCACCCCAACAGGUUCAGGUCAGGGAUUUUUUUCUGGGUCCAGCUCCCAUAAUGCCUCUGGCUCCUAUUCUACAGGCCAUGGUCCAGUUAUUGUCACACCGGGGGUUGCCACAAUCCGCCGCACCCCUUCAAAACCCUCCUCUCGCCGUUCUGCCUCUAUGUCAGGUACAGGCCCCAUUCCUAUUCGCACACCUGUCAUCCCAGUACAAAUCCCGACAGUGCCUGAUAUGGCAGGAGCAAUGAAUGGGAGCAGGAAUGCAGUAGAGAUAAGAGGAAGAGGAGGAGAGAGCCCAGAUUCUCCAACAUAUACCGGAGGGGAAGAUGCUAACACUUUGCCUCUGAUGUCCUGGAGUGGUCAGGCGACAACCAACCCUCCCACCAUCCCGCUGCCCAACCAGCUGAACCAGCAGCUCCUACAGAGUGAGAGUAGGCCUUCAGGAGGAGGAGGGGAGGAGGCAGGAGAAGGGGGAGAUGGAAACAUGCUGGUGGCUAUUCGCAAGGGGGUCAAGCUCAAGAGAACCCUUACCAAUGAUCGCUCUGCUCCACGCAUUGCAUGACGACAGCGUCGCGACUUUGAGGUGAGGGUCACAAGAAAAGUGUGAUCCUGACUCGUAGACGUGCAGCUUCAGCUUUAUUUUAUUUGUACGAGAGUACGAAUAUUCCUUACAAAAGUGUUGCUGAUAGAAACACAAUGCACAGAAUCAAAAGCCUUUUAAUUUCCCAUUUUGUAAAUUUCCAGCUGUGAGACUCGCUCACUACAGAAGCCUCGAGAGGAAAAAUUGUAAUGUAAUGUGCACAUUUUCUAAUGUGGCUUGAGAUCCCUCAGAAAUCAUUUAGAGCCAGCUUAAGGUAAAGAUUUGGAUGUGAAGUGGAACACUAAGGCAUGCAUUAGGAUUGAAUAGGCCUGUGUAAGAACAAGCAAAAGACCUAAUUUCGUACCUAGACGCACAAAUAAUAGGGUUUUGGACUGAGCAAUUAAAUAAAAAUCCAAGCCCAUUGCUGUGUAAAACAAAAGGACGCUUUUGUUCAUGAGAAGAAGUGCAGAGCAGCAUUACUUCACUGAAUGCCUUCAAGAACACAGGAAUCCAGACACAGAUUGUUGGACAAGGACAAUGUGGAUGUUUCCUGUCCACGUAAAAAAAACAUGGUGCUUCUAAACACUCAAUGUUGUGGAAGUGCUUUGUAUCGCCGAGGGGUAAACGACAGAGUGGCUUCGCUGAAUGAACACGCCACCCGCUGUAAAUUUAACGCGGAUUCAAGAGAGCAAUAUUCAGGUGCUCUACAAAGUAAUGGCUCCAUUUGACAACUGCUGAUUUGCAUCGGCUGUAUUUGGGAGAGCGACACGGCGUUAUCAAAAUACUUCAAACGCUAAAUUACAUGCAAGGGCCACAGAGCCGACGGCAGGAGCAGAGCAGGCGUAUGAACAAUACAGAGAGCUCUCCUCACAAAGCUAAAUGCAGAUGACAGACUUGGGAGACGACAGUGUGACUGAAGCCUCACACGGUUGAUUAGUUACUUUCUGUUUUGUUAAAGUUUUGUAAAUAUUUUGCACGUCGUGUGUCGGUGCUUUUUUUUUUCUUUCUCCGCUCUCUGCAUCUUUGCCACCUGCACCACUGUGCCAAAACCCCUCUGUUUUACAUCUUUAAACAGCGUUUUAUAGAUCAUUUUAUUUUGUAUCAUUUACUUCACUAUGGUUCUCAUUUAAUCUGCAGUAUCUACACACUGAGGAACUCACUGCGCUCUACACGUAUAUAUUAGACCUUAUAUAUUAGCGCCUUCUUUUUGUUGCAUUUAUUAACCCCAUUGCAACCUGUGCAUUGUUUCCUCAUAACACUAAUAGUCAAAGUAAUGAUGUGCCAUGUCAAAACUCAACAUUAAUUCAAAUGUGUAUACUAUAUAUAUAUAUAUAUAUGUAGUAUUAAACAUUUAUAGAGGCAAAAAUAUUUUUGAUGUUUUAAAAGAUAAGAUUUAAAGGUUAUGGUUGGUAAUGUCAUACUGUUUUUAUUCUUCUGUUUGCUGUCAUUGAACUUUUCUCUUUGAAAUGCAUGCUUUAUGUAUGCAUCCUUGUUUUUUUGUGUUUAUUUUUUUGUUCUUAAAUAGCUUCAACGGCAACGAGUCCAGUUCAAACUGAAAUAUGUACAGAAUCUCAUCGCAAUCAAAACGAUGUGUCAUUAAAGGUGCAUUUAGUUUUUGGGUUUUUUUCACCUGGACAAUAGGAUAUUCUGAAGAUCUUAAGGCUUUUCUUCAGCAUUGUUAUUCUAAAGGCUAAAAGCAACUAGUCACUGACUUAAUUAUUUUUAUUUGUUAAGCACUGUGAGACCAUGGCAUGUAUGAAAGUGUAAAUAUUAUUUAGAUGUACAAGUUAGUCCGGGAACUCACACAUUAUUUUUUUUUUAUUUAUUUUCUUUCUCAGUGUUUAAAUCUUUUUUCUUUUUCUCAACCUAUCUCUAUUUUUAUACUAUUAUAAAAUAUCAGAGUAAUAGAGUUGUGUUGCACAUCAGAUUUUAGUAUCAGUGAAAUGUUCUGUCCUACUACAAUUCAUUUUAAGUCCUUUAUUUCAUACCCACUAAUGCAUACGCUGCAUUGUAAUAAUAUAAUAAGAAAAAAAUGAACAGCUGCCACAGGGAAGUGUUUUUUUUUCUCCUCAUCUGCAGAUAUUAAGAGAAGCAAAUUGGCUUAAAUGAAAAAUGUUUGGCUCUGCAAUGGAGAGAUUUAAAUCAGUAUUAUGAAUGUAGAUGUCAGCUGAUGCAGACACGCAUCCACUUCACUUUCACUUCAGUCCACGAUGUGUAUUUUUUUGUUGUUGUUUUGAACGGUUAUGCCUAAACCUUUAAUUUGUGUUCUGCACAUUAGCAAGUGGCUGAGCUGAGUGUAAUAACCUCAGUGCAAACUGUGAACCGCCUCGAUAGUGGUUUAAAAUCAAGUACUUGUACCUCAGUUGUGUACUUCAGUUUAUCUGAUCUUAUACAAUUUGUACAACUGAACUCAUGUGACUGGAGUUUCCCAGAAACGUCUUAGCACGCAAAGCCAGCUUCUUUUUUUAAUCAUAUUUUCGAUGUAUUUUAUAAUUUAAUAUUAAAAAAAGAGGGGUAAAAUGUGGGAAGUCACCAAAACAAGAGAUAAUAAAUAAAAACAAAUUAAAACUGUAUUGUUAACAGAAGCUCACACUUGAAUUGAACUUCAAAAGAGCAAAGGUGGUGUUGCUGCUUAGAUGUUUCCGGGACCCCAGCAUUCAGUUCUCGAUAUUCUUCCUUUUUUCUUUUGUUUUUUGGCCGUCCAUCUGUCCAAAAAGUGUAUUUUCAACCUGUAAUUUUCAUAUUUAAAAUGUUAGCACAAAUAUAUAUAUAUAUAUAUAUAUAUAUAAAUAUAUAUUAUAUCAGAGCUGCCAAAUGUCAUUAUAUCCUAUGAAUAAGAAGAUUAAACCUGGUUUCUAGUUAAGUUUUUAGGUGAUAUUGCCCACGGUCCCCCUCCCCAGACCCUCCCCCUCACCCUGAGGAGAGUUGACCUCUCUGUGUCUCCCUCUACAGUUCAACGGGUUACUAUGAAGUUAAGAAGAGGAAAAAAUGUAUUAGGUUGUUAUGUUUUUGCCACAGUGGCCUCUUGAAUGUGUAACUGUGCAACCUUCAUGUGUCCACUUCCCCAAUAAACUAAAUGGAAAUCUU